UCGUUUCAUAUCUGUUCUCGCUCUAAACCCAGCGCCAGGUUUUAGCUCUCAGACAUCCUUGAGUCAAGCUUUACAAUGUCUUGCACGAAAUGCCCCAAAGUCACAUGUAUGGCGCGCGCACACACUUCUACCGUAGUAGCAUGCCUCGUACUCCUAGUACUUGUCCGCUGUACACCAGCGACGGCUCUCGAGCCCAUAUCAAGGCAGCUUAUAUCAAAGCUGUUUGCUGCUCGCCGCGGACGAGCCUCCGCCCGGACUUUCCCGCCUGCCGCGGCCCAAUUUCUCGCUGCGCGGCAGGCGGAGAAAGCAUCCGCGGAAAAGCCAAUGGCGGAAACUAAUACAUUUGCGGAGCGAGCAGAAGCAGCGUCGGCGGUGGGAGGAGUUGGAGUCAAUGGCGUUGACAGCGCCGCUACGGGCAUUAGUAGCAGGAGUACAGCUCUCACAGCCACGAUAGUACCGCAGGCUUCGGCAGCAAACACGGCGGCUCUCGCGGCGAUCUUCACGGCGGCGCAGCUGCCUAUCCCGGCGAACAAGCCGAACGCGUGCGCGUGGCCCGGCGUGUCAUGCGCCGCGAACGGCGCUGUCGAAGGGCUCUCCCUGAUGGAGACCACCCACUAUCGCUUGCUCCCACCGACGCCGCGCCUCUGCAACCGAACCGCGCGCGAACCCGGCGGAAAAUUCCCCGCAACUCUCGCCGCAUCUAUCGGCCAGUUAACGGACCUUACCACCCUCAGUCUAUCAAACCUCUGGCUCGCUGGUUCGGUCCCGCUGUCUCUUUCCCGGGUCACAAAACUUCAGUCUCUCGAUAUUGCUGGUAACUGCUUCGCCGGUCUUCUGCCCGUCGCCUUUUUUCGCAUGCCAAAUCUCUUCUUCCUGACCGCGUCGCGAAAUUUCUUAUCCGGAGGGUUACCACAACGUCGCACUGCGUACGCCGUCUCGCUAGGAUUUCUGGAUCUCUCGGUAAACUGGCUUUUCGGGCCGAUUCCUGCUGCGCUUGCGACGCUGCCUAGCCUUUACAUGCUAUCUCUGAGCAACAAUCGGUUCUCUGGAAGAAUUCCGCCUGCCCUGCUUAAAAGGGAAAUUGGGGCACUUUUUUUGGACUGGAACCGGCUUUCGGGCGACCUGAGCGGGCAGCAGAUCGGGGCUUCUCUCGUUGGCCUGGGCCGGAACCGGCUGACUGGAAAUUUUAACACAAUUCGGUUCAGCAAAUCCGUGAGCGUCAUCCAGGUUUCGGAGAAUAUGUUCUCGGGCACCUUUCCGCAGAUAGUGUGCAGCAGUUCGGGCAACCUUGGAGUUGUUGAUUUUUCACGCAAUCGCCUGACCGGAACCGUUCCAGCGAACUGUUUUAAGCCCGCAAAGAGCGUGCUCGAAGUCCUCUACCUGAACCACAACAAUUUCUCGGGCAGCUUGCAGCCUUUUUCCAGCCUGCCCAAGAGCAUGAAGGUUGUGAACCUGGGAUUCAACAAGUUUACAGGGACAAUUCCCCCAGGACUCACUACUUUACCCCACUUGGUUGACUUGGACCUGGGGGCAAACUCGCUGACCGGCCUCAUCCCCUCCUUCUGCCAGGGCCAGCAGGCUCUCACUUUCCUCAACCUCGCUUCCAACGCCCUCUCCGGCCCGCCCACCCUCUCGCCUCCCCCACCUGCGCCCCCUCCCUCACCACCCUCUACCUCUCCUCCAACCGUCUCUCCGGCUCCAUACCUGCUACAAUCAGCUCCUUUAAAAGCCUCAAUUGGCUGCUUCUAGACAGAAACGCCCUCGCAGGGUCGAUCCCGGCUGGGGUGAGCGGCAUGCAGCAGCUAAGGGGACUGGGCUUUUCCUACAAUAGGUUAUCUGGCCCCAUUCCUGGUGUUUGGCCGCGGACUAUCGGCCAGGUGCUGCUGGCAGGGAACCGGCUGUCAGGGGCUGUUCCCGCUGCUCUUAGCAAGCUGAAACGGGCUUCCUUUAAGCCAGGCAACCCUAACCUGUGCGGGACGCCCCUGCCUGCCUGCGCAUAGGAUCACCCGUGCGUAGAGUGUCAUGUUUGGUGAGGUGAAAGUAACAAAUGACUGAGCUUGUUGUACGACAGGUUCUCUGUGUCGCGUCGAGAGACCCACUGGGGUUGCCCUAGAGAUCCUCGGGAGGGCCACAUCCUCUAUGCCUGGGGGGUUCUGGGCGUUCUGACCUGUUGAGAGAAACAGCCCUAAUAGCACAGUGGUUAGCAGCUGUGCUUCUGAGAUGGUAUCAGAGCCAGGGGUCUUGGGUUCAAAUCCCAGUGUGCAUUGGUUCGAGUACCAGAGUCCUCCGCCUUUCCCAGUGAGGGGGGGUGUCUAGAGACUCACUGGGGUUGCCCUAGAGAUCCUCGGAAGGGUCUCAGGCUUUUAUGCUUGGGGGGUUCUGGGCACGCUGACCCGCUAAGAGAAACAAGCCCUUUUAGCACAGCAGUUCGCGGCUGGGCUUUCUUGAGACUCUGGUCCCAUUGCUGUGCAGGACGCCCUUGCCCGCAUGCGCAUAUGAUCACCCGCGUGCAAAAUGCCACGUACAUAAAGAAGCAUGUCUCAA